UUUGAAUGAUUUUUAGAAGUGAUUAUGCAGUAAUGCAUAACAGCAUUGAAAGCUCUUCACUUUCACGGUUUGAGAAGAGCAGCAUGAACAUUCUGAUAAGCGUCUUCUUUUGUGUCCUACUGAAGAAAUAACGUCACAUGGGUCAGAAUAACAUCAGGCUGAGUAAAUGAUGACAGAAUGAUGUCUUUAACAUGUUUUCUCUUCAUUCGUCAUCAUUUCUCUCAGAGUAUUCCAGAAAACGGGGUGUCUUCCUCAUCCGUGUCCCCGUCUCAGACUAACUCGUCACCAGCGACACACACUCCACGAUCAGACGGACAGCGGAGCCCUGAGGUGAAGCAGAAGCUGAGAUCUGAACUGGAUCUGGUCAAAGGAAAUCUGAGUGUCAUGACUGAGAUGCUGAAUCACAUCAAACCUGGAGAGACGUCAGCAUCAGACGCAGAACUGCUGCAGCAGCUGUAUUCGGUGUGUAAGCAGAUGCAGCAGAGGGUCGUGGAGUUGAUUCCCAAUCUUUCUGAGGACGAGAUGAUCGGGGAGCUUCUGCAGGUCAAUGAUGAUCUCAACAACGCGUUCAUCCGCUAUGAGAGGUUUGACAGGUUGAACGUGCAGAGAUCAAACGCAGAAGAACAGCAGGAGUCGCAGACUGAGACAGAAAACCUUAUUGACCUCAGGCCUGAGUCUCCAUCGCCCAAUCAGAACACACUCCCAGCUGUCAAUCAACACGAGCCCCGCCCUGCAUCCGACCGCACAAGCAGCUCAGCGCCUGAAGAUGAAGAGUUUGACAUGUUUGCUCAGUCGAGGAGCAGCUCUCUGGCCGAACAGAGGAAGAGUGUGCGCUACGAGGAUCCCGGCGCUGUGGAGGGUCUGGCUGAAGCUCUGGACACACGUCUGCAGGUCACGGCAGGGGGUGCUGAGAGCGACUGGGUCCGUCAGUCUCAGUGGAUUUACAGCGAGGCUCUGGCUCCAGCUCCACGCAGCUCAGCCAUGGAUGAAAUAGAGAGGUGGUUGUCUGCUGAGAUGCCUGAUGUUGAUGACAGUGAGGGUGUGACCAGUGAAGAGUUUGAUCAGUUUUUAGCAGGAAGAGCUCAAGCCGCGGAUCAUCUUCCCUCGAUGAAGAGCAGCUCGUCUGUCGGCGUCAGUCCCUCGAGCCCUCGACAGGCGGCACAGGAGCAGAACCACGAGCAGAUCUUCAGGCUCUGAGGUCCGCCUCUCAUCCUCGCGCUCAUCGAGUCCACACAGCGAGGAAGCUUUGUUUCUAACACUGAAUUCGGCUCUGGAUGUGUGUGAAACUGUUGACCGCUCAUAAAAAAAAAAACAACCUGUAUGCUGUUCGUUGCUUGUGUGAGUUAAUUUGUAUUAAUGUGUGUUUUCACUGGGUAUAAAAAGCAUUAAUUUAUGUUGUAAAUUAACCACAAAGAUAAGAAGGACUGUUAUACCUCUGACUGAAUGUCGUCAUCAUAUUAAAUAGACACUAUAAUGUUCACGAUUGUGUCCUUUACUGUGUUAUUAAUGUUGUAAAGCAGUAAUACAUAUCUGAUUAUCUCACAAAUCAUAAAGCAGCCAAACUGAA